AUGGCUACGACAAAGGCGAUGUCUGAAUCGGCUACAAAAACCAAUGCAACGAGUGGACUGGCUAGGAGGAAGGCGAUGAGUCUCACUAACAGAAGUACAACCAGUUCCCGUAAGACAAUUAAGCAAGAAGCAGCCUUCAAAGCAGAGUUAGCUGCGAUGGACCAAGAGGACGCCAUCGAGCUCAAAGAGGCUGCCCAUCAAUUAGAACUUAAAGAGGCAGCACACCAGCUUGCCCUGAAGAAGGAGCGAUUACGCUUGAAGAGACUGCAAAAGGUAGCAGAGUUUGCCAAUAAAAUGCAAGAAGCAGAGGAUGCAGACGAAGAAUAUGCAGAAUCGUGUGCAUCAGAAUUGGACAGCAUUCCGAUGGCUACCGAAGGUGAGACAAUGACCCGAUUCUUUACAUCACAACAGAGGGAAGACAGUCAUUCCAAAGAUGAAAGCGGUUGUUGGGAUAAAGUUGCCAACUCAUUGGCCCAAAUGGCUCAAUUUAGCAUAAAACAGAGUGAGAUAUCAGAAAAAUUGGCAGUCACUAGCCAGUUACCCAAGCUCGAGGUUCCCGUCUUUCGAGGAGACCCUAUUGACUAUACACGGUGGAGGAAUGCAUUUGAUGGCAUGAUAGACGCCAAGCCAUUGGAUUCAGCGACAAAGCUGAAUUAUCUGAAUAACUAUGUCGCAGGUGAACCAAAAGAAGUUGUUGAACAUUAUCUACUGCUUGGCACCAGUGAUGCGUAUGAGAAAGCUCGGGAACUACUUUCAGAGAGGUACGGUAAUGCAAGUGUGGUUAGCAUGGCAUUUACUUCCAAGCUCAAGUCAUGGCCGUGCAUAAGUGAUCGGGAUUCCAUUGGACUGAGAGCAUUCUCAGAUUUUCUGGAGAAGGUGGUAGCGGCAAAGAUGACAGUUGAAAGUCUAGGAAUCCUCGAUUUCCCACAGGAGAACUUUCGCUUGGUUGCUAAACUCCCGCCCUAUUUGGAAAGUAAAUGGAGAGGCGUCAUUGACAAGUGGCAAAGUGCAUGUGGACGAGCAACCUACCCUCCUUUUGCAAAAUUCUCUGAAUUUGUGAAGAAGGCAGCAAGACAGGCAAACAUCCCAGAACUGGAAGGUGUUGAGAGAGAGAGAAGAAGUCAUCACUCACUCAAAACUCCACGAGGUCACACCCUAUAG